AUGUCUCAGCCCACGGCCUUCAUCACAGGAGCAACCGGCCACCAAGGCGGCGCCACCGCGCGCGAGCUCCUAAAAUCAGGCGUCAAAGUCCACGCCCUCGUCCGGGACCCGUCCUCCAAGCCCGCCGCCGAUCUCCAGCGCCUGGGAGCGCAUCUGUUCCGCGGCGAUUUCGACAAUCUAUCCUCGCUAAAGGCCGCGCUGGACGGCGCAACCGCAGUCUUCCUCAACGUCUCGCCCAUCCCAUCCGAUCCCGCACGCGAGGUGCACCAGGCAAAGAAUAUCAUCGAUGCCGCGGUCGCGUGCGGCACCGUCACCACCAUCGUCUAUUCAAGCGUGACCAUGACGGGCAGCCACGAGGCGUUUCCGAACUGGGGCCCCGCCUACCCACUGGCGUGGUACUGGGAGAACAAAGCGAGGAUCGAAGCAAUGGUGCGAGCGUCUGGGGUGGAAUCCUGGACUAUCCUGCGGCCUGCGUUCAUGAUGCACAACUAUCACCUGCCCACCGCGUCGCUCAUGUUCCCUGAGCUGGUGCAACGUCGGGCCUUCCAGACGGCGUACAAGCCAACCACUGCGAUGACGGUGGUCGAUGCCGGGGACGUUGGGAAGUUCGCGGCUGCUGCGAUCGUUGGGCCGUCGGCGUUCAAGGCGCAGGUGAUCGACUUGGGCGUGGAGUCUCUUACGCCGGCGGAGAUUGUGCGCGAGCUGAGCCGGGUUUCUGGGAAGGACGUCUCGCUCCAAUUCUAUGGGGAGAAAGAGGCGGAGGAGCUUGCGGUGAGGGACCUGAGGAUUUGGAGCCAGCUGUGGGCGAAUGAGGUUGGGUAUCAGGUCAACUUCAGGGAUCUGGACAGAUACCCUAUCCGUCUGACUCGGUUCGCGGAGUAUCUUGAGAAGCAUCGGGAGCAGGUUCUGCAGACGUUCAGCUGA